AGCCCGCCGCAGACGGGGCUCCCCGGGCCUGGCCCGAGCCCCCCGUGUGCCCCCGCAGCAGCUGUCCGGGCCGCGGGCGAGUAGUCUGCUAAACGGCAGUAAUAUCAGAGUGAUACAGAAGGUGAGGAAGGAGCCCCAUUCUGUGGAUAAACCAUAAAUGAGAAGAGUGGUGAAAGGAGUUUUCGAUUCCUGCUCCUAGGAGGAAAAACGCUGCUUUAUCAAUCACGCUGGUUUAUCAGUCACAUUACCUAUCAGAGUAUUCCAAAGAUGCUGCUAAAGUAGCCGUGGACAUCUCCCUCCUCCUCGGACUGAUUCCUGAUUACUAUGGGCUGCAUAAAGUCAAAGCAAACUUUCCCUUUUCCAAACACAAUCUCUGAGAAGAGACAAGACAGUGAGGAGAGAUUUCUAACCGAAAAGCCUUCGAUGAUUUCUGUCAGAACAGAGGUUGUGAAGGAUUCUUCCACCAGGGUGGUGGUGUUGGAGUAUGCCCAUCGUCUGUCCCAGGAAAUCAUGGAUGAAGCGGUGAAGCAGUGGGCGGCCAAUGACAGCAGGUAUGGGGACAUCCCAUACAUUGAGAGUGAGGCGGUGCCCUGAGGCUGCCUGGCUCACUCUAGAAUGGAUGACUCCACGAAACUAUAGGUUUAAAACAGUGUACACUGGUGCUAGUUCAAAUACAGAAGAAAGCAAAAACUGAUGUGAUUACGUACAUAGAACUCCAGCUGUAUGUAAAAUAUCUUAUGUUGCUUUGAUGGGAGAGUAGGUACUAAAAUGAAACAUCUGCUAUGAUCAGCACUAGGUCAAGAAUAAUUGUUUUCUUCUUUGUUUGCCUUGGAUUAUAGUCUGAUAUAGCUUAAAUGGCCUCAUGGGGUCCUGUAGCACUGAUGCAUUUAACUGGCUAUUCUCCUGCAAUCAUGCGACAAGCCUCUCACUUCAUGCAACAUCGCCAAAGAAUGAAAAACAUCACUAUUCAUGGCCAUUGUUUUUUAAGUAUAUGCUUUUAGCUCCACUAUCUAAUGAUGCCUGACUGUUGCACAGGCAAAGAUCAUCAGUAUGAAAGGGAAGGUUCUCAUAAAAACACCACAUUUGGGGCUGGUUAGAGCAAGAAUGCCCCUUUUCCUAUUCAUGGGCAGCCUUUGCUCCAGAAAUAGAUGGCUAAAGAGAACCUAUGUGCUUUUUAUCAUGAGAAAAUAGUGGUGUUUGCAUUUUUGAAGAGGCCCUUAAGGAUUUCCCUUAACAAAACUCAUCAAAUACAUUAAAGAAAAGCACUUAUCAAUUAACUUUUGAGUGGCAGGGUUAGACUACCACAUUCCUUAGGAUGCACACAGUCCACCACCCCAUCGCCAGGUCAUCAAGUCACUCAGACUCUCCCUAUGUAUAAACCACUCAUUUCAAAUCUUAAAUGUUGGAAAAUACCAAAUCUUAAGGUGAUGGUAAAUGCUAAAAUUGAAUGAGCAGGUGGUUAUACCACCCCAAGCUGGAAGGCACCAGUCUUGACAUUGAAUUUGCAUUGAGUUUUCAAUGCCUGCCGAGGCAGGCAGACUUCCUUCUUCUUCCCCCAGAGCCCUGCCUAAUUGCUGUUCUAGCAGCUUCUGUUGAGUCUAGAAAUCAAGAAAACUCCCAAAAGGAUUAUGGUGGGCUAGUGUAAUAAAUGAGAUGUUAAGCCUUAAGAGCUUAAAUCUUUAAAAACAACAACAAAAAAUCCAUUAAGCUGUUGCUUCCUCACUACCCUGCCUACAAAGCUAACCUGGCUGUAUGCCAAGUGGGCCCAGUAGCUUGUCUUAGAGAAGCUAUGAGUUUAUCUUAUGGGAUGUGUCAGCAUCAAUGAACAUGUUUCCCUACUUAGAAGAGUAGUGUAUGGAGGACUUAAGAGACAUAAGCCUAAGCUGAUGUGGUAUGUUUGGGUGCCUUGCAACUGUUUCCUUCUGUCACUUUCACAGACCUGGUUCUGAAAACUAAAAUGCUGAUGAGUGAGCACCUUAUGGCAAUACCCUCGAAGACUUUUCCAAGGGAGCAGCUACCAAAAACUUAACAAGAAAACUUCGGAAUGAAUCAUUUAUUUGUAUGGUCAUACCCAUGGAGUCUAAGCUGGAGCCAACUCCAGCGUUUGGAGUACUAGCUUCUUAGCAAGUUUAUUCCCUGUUCAGUUUCAUGGGGAUGGGGGAGGGCAUGGAUGGUCUCUUUAAAGCACACCCUUUCCAGGUCAUCUGUUUAAAGCGUUGUAAUAAAAACUGGGUAUGAAUUAUAGGACUAACCAUAGAGGAAUAGAUAAGGGCCAUGCUUCACUGCAAUCUAGCACUGAAAUGAGCCACCGCAGACUUCCGUUAGCGCUCCUGCUUUUUCCGUUCUCCUCAUCCAAGUCUAAAGAGAAGGGAAAGGGGGAUAUAGCACGUAAAUAAGAUGUAUGUAUCCUGCACAGCAAAGCGGCUGGAAAAAAAGAUACCUCUACUCACUUAAAAAAAAACUACUUUUAAACACAAGAGAAUCCUACCUAGCACACUUCUUUAAAAAUGAGUGCUAAGUCACCUUUAUUAGUGAUGUUAUCUUGUGUGUUCAGUCCAAUUUGCAUUUUGGACCCAUGAUCAAUAAAAAGUACUCCACCUAGG